CCUCUUUCCUCCCCGGUCACUAUAAAUGUCGCUCGCCUUCAACAUCGGAGUCGCCCCUUUCUCCGGCCACCGAGUUGGGUGUUUGAGCCCAAAUUUUCCAGACAAAGGAUUGCGAAUUAACAUCGCCAAAAAAUCAUGUGUCACCGUUAAAUCCAGCCUUACUACAACAGAUUUGUUGGGGGAAUUAAAGAAGAAGUUGAAGAGGGAAGACGAUGAUUCUCGAGCAGCUGCAACUGUAAUUCCACCUUCGGAUAUACCCUCGAGUCUAUGUAUAAUCGACACUCUCGAGAGACUGGGAGUCGACCGACACUUCCAAUCUGAAAUCGAUACUAUACUUGAAAACGCAUAUAGGUUAUGGCAAACGAAACACAAAGUUAUAUAUUCAAAUGUCACUACCCAUGCCAUGGCGUUUAGACUUCUUCGUGUGAAAGGAUUUGAAGUUUCAUCAGAGGAAUUGGCUCCAUACGCGGACCAAGAGCACGUUAGCCGGCAAACAACUGAUGUGGCGAUGGUUAUCGAGCUUUACCGAGCAGCGUACGAGAGAAUGUACGAAGACGAGAGCGGUCUUGAGAAAAUACUUGCUUGGACCACCACAUUUCUCAAGCACCAAAUUCAGAGUAACUCCAUUCCUAACAAAAAAUUGCACAAACUGGUGGAAUUUUAUUUGAAGAACUAUUAUGGCAUAACCAAAAGAAUUGCAGUUAGACGAAACCUCGACCUAUAUGACAUGAGCUAUUAUCAAGCUCUAGCAGUUUCAAACAGGUUUUCUAAUCUAUGUAAUGAAGAUUUUCUAGCAUUUGCAAGGCAUGAUUUUAAUAUUUGCCAAGUCCAGAACCAGAGAGAUCUUGAGCAAUUACAGUGGUGGUAUGAAGAUUCUAGGUUGGACACAUUGAAUUAUGCAAGAGAAACAUUACUCAUUAGUUAUUUUAUGGUUUCAUUAGUUAUCGACGAUCCUGAAUUAUCCUAUGUUCGUAUAGCCUUUGGCAAGUGUUUGGCGCUAGUAACAAGUUUAGAUGAUAUUUUCGACUUUGGUGGUUCUCGACUAGAAUCUUACAAAAUCAUAGAACUAGUGAAAGAAUGGAAAGAGAAGCCGGUUAGAGAGUGUGGUUCUGAGAAAAUUGAAAUCCUUUUUAAAGCUCUGUACAAUACAGUAAAUGAGAUCGAAGAGAUGGCUUGUGUCGAACAAGGACGUAAUGUCAGAGGAUUUCUUGUUAAACAGUGGUUGGAAAUGCUUUUAGCUAUGAAGAUAGAGUUGGAUACAUGGUCAGAUGGCGUGCAACUAAGCUUCGAUGAGUACAUUUCUAAAUCGUGGAUGUCAACCGGUAGCAGAACUGUACUUCUCAUGUCGUCACUAUUCCUCGGUGUAAAAUUAUCUGAUGAAAUGCUUGCAAGUGAAGAGUUGAGUGAUCUAGGUAGGUAUGUUUCCAUGGUUGUUCGGCUGCUCAACGACAUGGCCACUUUUGAGAGGGAACACAAUGAAAAUAAAGGAGGAUGUGUGAGCAUUCUGAUUGCAAAUGCUGCGAGAGCUGGAAGAGUUAUGACAGAAGAGGAAGCUAUUGCAGAGAUAAAAGAAAUAGCUGGUUACAAUAUAAGAAAACAGAUGCAGAUUGUCUACAAAAAUGAUACUACUACCAUUUUCCCAAGAAAAGUCAAACAUAUAUUUUUGGAGGGAUGCAAGAUUUUUUAUUACUUGUAUUCGGGCGGCGACGAAUUCACUUCUCCACUGCUACUCAUGGAAGAUAUGAAAUCUUACAUAUUUGAACCUCUACCACUUCCCAAUCAAUAAUGGUAUUUACAUAUAUUUGAUAAUAAUAAUUCAAGUGGAA